UUACGGGAAGUGCAGAUUGCAGCCGAGAGCUUGCUUUGGUGUCGCAAACGGCAAUUCCCAGCAUGCUGUGCGCGCUUUGCGUCUUGUGGCCGUGUUAGCGCUCGGCUCUCCACAGAGUCUGCGCCGUGCUAGGAGGGAGCAACGAGCAGAGACCUCUCUUCUACAUGAGUUAACUGCUCAGAAGUUUCUUUUUCUGACUCGGUUGAAGAUCACACUAAAAGGACUGCUUGGCAUUUGAAAGAUGUCCAAAAACAAGUCAAAAUCAAGGUCGGGUUCAUCCCGCUCCAUAUCGCGUUCAAGAUCUCGUUCAUUUUCUAAGUCUAGGUCCCGUUCCAGAUCUCUCUCUCACUCUCGCAAACGGAGGCAUAGUUCACGAUCACGCUCAAGGUCCUACUCACCUGGGUAUAACAGAGAUAGGAACCACCCAAGAGUUUACCAAAAUCGUGACUUUCGUGGUCACAAUAGAGGAUAUCGAAGACCAUACUAUUUCCGGGGGCGUGGUAGAGGUUUCUAUCCACGUGGUCAGCAUAAUCGUGGCGGGUAUAUAAACUACCGCCCCAACUGGCAAAAUUACAACCGCCAACCGUAUAGCCCUCGCAGGGCCCGAUCUCGUUCACGUUCUCCAAAGAGGAGAUCCGUGUCCCCUCGGUCCAGGAGCCAUUCAAGAAAUUCAGACAAGUCAUCAUCUGAUCGUUCUCGGAGAUCUUCAUCUUCUAGGUCUUCCUCCAAUCACAGCAGAGUGGAAACUAGACGUAAAUCAAAAAAGGAUAAGAAGAGUCACUCAAAGGAUCAAAGAUCCUCUGCUCAGGUAACAGAUGACGAAUCAAAGGAACAGUCAACAUCUGGCGGAGCGGAUCCUGGUAGCAAAGAAGGAAAUAAAUCCUGGCAGGACAUGGAAGCUUAUGAUGAAAGCCCUGCAACUCAACACAGUCCUUCAGAACGUGCACCCACACUUAAAAGCUCUGUACAGUCUGUGGUGGUUCGACGCUGUUCUCCUAGGCCAAGUCCUGGGCAGAAGCCUAGUCCACCUUCACCCACUGGUUUACAGAGUAGCAGUUCCUUCAGGGCAUCUUCUCGUCAAAGCCCAUUUGAGCAUAGCUUGAGUCCACCAAGGAAGAGUCCUUUGACCAAGAGCCCGCCCUCAAUGAGUUCGCUUUACGGCAGUAGCCAGAAAGAAGAGGGCAGAUCUGGAGAGAUGACUGCACCAGUGGGAACUGGAUAUAAAAGAUUCAUGGAGGAACAGAAAAAUAAGGCCUUGGAGCUGGAGAAAGAGAAUGGAAAGGAAAAGCUGGAGAAAAUGAAGGAUCGUAGCAGCCCUACCGAUUUUGCGAUGAGUGAGCUUGAGAGGGCUUAUAAAAAGAGCAUGUCCCCUAAACGCUAUAAAAUGCGCGAGGAGCUGGAGAAAUUGAAAUUGGCUGAAUUGCGAUAUGCAAAAGAGGAGGCAGAACAUGAGAAAAAGAGCCGAGCAAGGAAAGACUCUGAUAGUGAUUCCAAGAGUCAAGAUCCAUAUGAUCCAGCCAAAUGGGAAGAGUUGUCUUUCAUUCCAAGCACUAAGGAAAAACGCAAAAAGUCAGAGGAUCUGGAGGAUGAGCUGUAUUCAGAAAAAUCCAAGAAAGAGGAGAAGGCCUCAAAGUUUGCUCAUAAAGGGUUUCUCCCUGAAAAAAAUUUUAAGGUUACAAGUUUCAAGGCAUCAAAGGAAAGGAGUGAGUCUCCUCCACCAAGGAAAUCCUCAGAAAGCAGGGAGAAACAGUUAUCCAAGGAAGACCUGUCUCUUUCUAAAUCGAAUUUCUCUGUUAGCAGAGAAACAGGUCCUAGUGUCCGCUUAGAUUCGUUUGAUGAGGAUCUUGCACGCCCGAGUGGAGUAAUGACUCAUGAGCGAAAACUGUCUCGAGACCUUGUUCACAGCAACAAGAAAGAUCAGGAGUUCAAGUCAAUAUUCCAGCACAUCCAGUCUGCGCAAUCUCAACGCAGCCCAUCCGAGUUGUUUGCCCAACACAUUGUGACCAUUGUGCAUCAUGUUAAAGAGAACCAUUUUGGUCCCUCAACAAUGACCCUGAGUGAGCGUUUCUCCUCUUAUUCAAAGAAAGUAAAAGAACAGGAACCGUCAAAAAGCCGAAAGAGUCCAGAAAUUCACAGGAGAAUUGACAUUUCUCCUAGUGCUUUUAGAAAACAUGGGAUUUUGCAGGAGGAAGGCAAACAAACAAAGGAAGGAAGCCACAAGGGAGAGGGAAAAUACAGAGAGGAGCCCUCAGAUCUGCGGCAGGACAUUGAACGCCGCAAAAAACAUAAGGACAAGCGUGACCAUUCCCGUGACUCUGGGGAUUCCAGAGAUUCAAGCCGAUCCAGGGAGAGGUCACCUGAGAAACCAGAGAAGCCCAAGAAGUCAUCCAAAAAACACAAGAAACAUAGGAAAGUGCGUGAGCGUUCCCGCUCUUCCUCCUCCUCUUCACAUUCCUCCCAUUCUGUGCGGGCAGCGGGUACUGAUGAAUUCCCUACUGAGAAUGAAGACAAGGAUGAAAAUUCUUCAAACUUUGAAAAGGCACGUUUAGGAAACAAGGAAUACCAAGGAACUAGUGACAGAGGACGAGCUCGAGGAACCUUUCAAUACAGAGCAAGAGGUACACGGCCAUGGAACAGCAGGGGGUCCUAUUCAGGAAACAACAAUAACAACAACAAUGACUUUCAGAAACGCAACCGGGAUGAAGAAUGGGAUCCAGAAUAUACCCCUAAAAGCAAGAAGUAUUACUUGGUGCGGCCGUAGACUAAAGGACAGUCAGUUUGUGGAGACAUCCGUUCAUUACAGUGACUUUCAGUAUCCAGACCCCCGACCUGAUCCAUUCUCAUCUCUCUGCAGCACGACGACCGGGAAGGGGAAAACGAGGAAAAAUGGGUGAAUCGCGGGAGAGGCCGCGCCAAUUUCACUCGUGGAAGGGGGAGGUUCUUGUUUCGAAAACCGGGCGCCAGCCCAAAGUGGGCUCACGACAAGUUCAGCGGGGAGGAGGGAGAAAUUGAGGAAGACGAGAGUGGAGCAGAAAAUAAAGAUGAGAAAGGCAGCUUAUCACUGGAUUAGACUGAUUUAAGUUGCUAAUUAAGGGGAGACACUUUCCUAUCAUUGUGAUGCGGUUUGUCCUGAAAUGAAGACACCCUUUCCACGGACAGAUUUUCUGUAUUAAAAGAUCUUUGAUUUUAUAUUUCAGCUUCUAUAAUUAUUCCUUUUUUUUCCCCCCUAAAUCCAUUUGUAAACGUGUAGGGACUACCAUCUUCUUGGGUAUUGACAUACUGCUGCCAUCCACUAUACUUGUGUAUUUGAUAUGAUCCUACAAUAUGAACUUGUCUUUGUACGUGACUUUAAUCAGCCAUCCCUAAGCAUUUUUUUUGAUUUUUUUUUCUCUUCCAGAAUGGUUUGACUUUUUUUUUUUUUUUUUAAUUAUCCGUACCUGUUUUAGGAUUUCCAUAGUAAUACCAGAUACUAAAGCUGUGGUAUUCUUUUUAGAAAUGCUUUCAAAGUCUUUUUCCUUGGGUAGGAAAAGGGCAUGCUGAAUAAAUGAUAAAUGGGUACACAAAAA